UGCAUCACUUGCUCUCUGUGAAAGGUGAUUGUAAGAACGAAAGUUCAUUGCUUGUCGAGCUGCGGACCGAUUCGGGUCGAAACUGUCGGUAAUCGAAUCUGUGUUUUUCAAAACUCAGCCUCACAGUAACCACCGAAAUAAUGGAAUUAACGUUCAAAACCGUCGAUGGGAAGAUCGGAGCAAAGUUGGAUCAAAUGUACGGUGUAAAAUCGAGUUUUGUGAGGGUCGAACCGGGGCACUGUCUGGUACCACCGCAAUACAUUUUUUUGGCAACGAAAAUUCGUGACAUGGAGAUUAGGAAUGAGGACGUUUGGAUGGUUUCGUAUCCACGAACAGGAAGUCAUUGGGCCCAAGAAAUGGUGUAUUGCAUAGGAAAUGGUUUUGACUACGAAAACGCAAAAACUCUGUUGCUCGUUCGUAAUCCACUUCUCGAAUCAUCGGCUCUCAUGGUAUCCGGUGACCACGUCGAGAUGUUCGCCAAGCUCGGCAACUCGGUUGAUAACGUGGCGAACACGCCGAGUCCUCGAUACAUAAAAACGCACUUGCCGUGGGAUCUAUUGCCCGAUAAAAUGCACGAAAAAAGACCGAAAAUUAUUUAUGUGGCGAGAAAUCCCAAGGACACGUGUGUAAGCUUUUAUCACUACUGCAGAUUAAUGCACAACAUGGAGGGAAGUUUUGAUGAGUUUGCUCAACUUUUCAUCGAAGACAAUGCUCCGAUGGGACCGUUCUGGAAUCACGUGCUUGGAUUUUGGAAACGAAGAAAUCAGGAGAAUAUCCUUUUUCUGACGUACGAAGAAAUGAAAAAGGACCAAGCAGCAGCGAUCAGAAGGACGGCCGAGUUUCUAGGCAAAAAUGUGACCGAAGAGCAAGUCGAAGAGUUGGGGAAACAUUUGGAAUUCUCAAAAAUGGCUGCUAAUCCAGCUGUGAAUUUGGAAGGAAUUUUAACGAACAAAGAUCAGAGUAAUCCGGACAAUAGAUUCAUAAGAAAAGGAAAAGUGGGCGAUUGGAAGAAUUAUAUGUCGGAGGAUUUGUCACGAAGAUUCGACGAAUGGACAGAAAAAAAUCUCGCGGGUACUGGUCUCACUUUCGAUUGCGUCGAAUCGUGAAACUCUAAAUCGAUGUCAAUUUUUACAUAACAUAUUACAAAUAAUAUUUUUUCACGUGUAUUCGUUUCAUAAUAAUUACUUUUAAAGAUAAUUCUCAAUAAUUUUCAUUUUGUUAGCUCGUAUUAAAGAUUUUUGUUUUGCAACGCUUAUUCGGAGAUUCGAAAGCGCGUUUGCGUCUCGUUGCAAUUUUUUUACUCACAUUUACGUGUUUGUUUAUUAUUUUUUUAGAUAAAAUAAAAAAAUGUACAAUGCAAAAAAGAUUUGCAUGAAAAAAAAAAUCGAGAAAGCAUUAUAUUUAUAAACCAUUUAGACACAAAUGGUUUUUUUUUUUUUAUUACUCAUUCGUUUAUGAUAAUUUAUAAUUAAUGCAGAGUCCCUUAAAAUUCCGAUUAACGGUUUGUAUCGUCACGAAUCAUUGAAAGAAUUCGCAAUGAAAGGAAAAUUAAUUACGGAUAGGUACUCGCGAUGAAAUGCUGACAAUGGACUGGUGAAAAUUGCAGUGUUUUUCAUUUUUUUCUAAUUACAAUUCGUUACACAAAAUAGACUGACUGCUUAUACUUCAAACCGUUCGAAUAAAAAUAUAGUAAUCAUUGAACCGCAAAAUUUUGGCUAAUAAACUCUUGAAUUGUAUGGUCGAAAUAAGCUCAAGGUCUGUAGAAUUGUAUAUCGAUGGUAAAGAAUGUGAAUGUUGAUAGUGGUGAUUUUUCACGUUUAGAAUAAAAUCGAAUGUAUCAGCAGCUAGUCUUAUUGGAUAUUUAUCGAAGUACCAUAUGCAAGGUCGUAUCAGUUUCCAUGCUCGUUCGUUAAUAUAAUAUUUAAGAUAAAAAGAUAAGUGAGUUUGUGUGCUUAAUUCGAAAAAUGAAAUAAAAAAGAAAAAUUCGGAUAUAUAGUUUAUCAUCAAAAUAGAAGAAAUUUGACGAGUAUAUAAAAACCAUGGAGUAAGAUUUAGAGUCGGUAUUUUAUAAUCGGACAAUCGCGAAUAAAUAAUGAAUUUCGACGGAUUGUAAUAAUAGGGAAAUGAUCUAU